AUGUCAUGUUGUCCGUCAGGUUCAUGUUUUGAUAAGAAUUCAUCCAGAGGAUUUAAUUUAAAUCUUUACAUAAUAAUUAAGUUUUAAUUGUUUGAACAAGAUUUUUGCCCAAAAAUGGAUAAACACAACAGUUCAGAGAUUUUGAACUCUGAAUAUUCACUGUCAAAAAAUGCUAGCUCAGAUUCGCUAGAUUCCGACUCCAAAUCAAGUUCAUUGAAUUCAAAACACGGACAAGACUCCCCACAUGUCUUGGGGGAUAUACAGUUACUUGACAGCGAGAAGGUAAUGAGUGUAGCUCGUGAGGUAACAUAUUUGUGUCCAUUUAGUGGACCUAUUCGUGGAAUUUUGAAGGUGACUAAUUAUCAACUACACUUCAGACCAUUAGAUGCUGCUGCUUUACAAUGCACAUUGAGUGUUCCACUUGGAGUUGUAUCUCGCAUUGAGAAAGUUGGAGGAGCUUCUUCAAAAGGAGAAAAUUCAUAUGGUAUUGAACUAUUCUGUAAGGACAUGAGGAAUUUACGUUUUGCCCAUAAACAAGAAAAUCAUUCACGUCGUGGGAUUUUUGAGAAAUUGCAGCAACUAGCAUUUCCUUUAUCACACAAAUUACCUAUGUUUGCGUUCAGCUAUUCUGAACACUUCCCUGAAGACGGUUGGCAUGUUUAUGAACCUAUAGCAGAACUGAAACGAAUGGGAGUCAACAAUGACAUGUGGCGUAUAACGCGUAUAAAUGAUAAAUACGAGGUAUGCGAUAGCUAUCCGUCCGUAUGGGCGGUGCCGGCUGGUGCUAACGAUGACUUGUUGAGGUCAGUUGCCGCGUUUCGAUCUCGCGGACGUAUACCAGUGUUGGCAUGGAUACAUCCGAGCUCUCAAGCAACGAUUACGCGGUGUAGUCAACCUCUAGUAGGGGUGAGUGGCAAACGCAGUCGUGAGGAUGAACGCUACAUACAACAAAUAAUGGAAGCAAAUGCUCAAGGACAUAAGUUGUUCAUUAUGGACGCUCGACCAAGUGCCAAUGCUAUUGCCAAUAAAGCUAAGGGAGGAGGAUAUGAAUCGGAGGAUGCUUAUCAGAAUGCUGAACUCGUGUUCUUGGAUAUUCACAACAUUCACGUUAUGAGAGAGAGCUUGCGCAAGUUGAAAGAGCUUUGUUUUCCACAGAUUGAUCAAGCAAGAUGGUUUAGUGGGAUUGAAGCAACUUGUUGGCUAAAACAUAUUAAAUGCAUCUUAGCUGGAGCAGUCCGUAUUGUUGACAAGGUGGAGAACCACAAGACAUCUGUUUUGGUCCACUGCUCAGAUGGUUGGGAUCGCACCGCUCAGUUGACUGCGUUGGCGAUGUUAAUGCUUGAUCCUUAUUACCGUACAUUAAGGGGCUUCGAAGUUUUGAUAGAGAAAGAGUGGCUGUCAUUUGGACAUAAAUUCCAGUUGCGUAUCGGACACGGUGAUGAGCGUCAUUCCGACGCGGAUCGGUCACCUGUAUUCGUCCAAUGGGUCGAUUGCGUUUGGCAAUUACAACAACAGUUUCCGACCGCUUUCGAAUUUACCGAGAGACUGCUCAUAACUAUAGUUGAUCAUUUGUACUCGUGCAGAUUCGGCACAUUCCUUUUCAACACUGAACGAGAGAGAGUUAAAGAAGAAGUGAAAACCAAAACCGUCUCGUUAUGGUCAUACAUAAAUAGCCGUCAGGAUCUCUAUUUGAACCCGUUGUAUUGGGGUCCAUCGUCGUUUGGGUCCAAUUCGCCUCCGUCGCCGUACUCAAGGCCCCAAGUGGUUUUAGUACCGGUGGCAUCAUUGAGAGUCAUUAAGCUUUGGAAAGCACUGUAUUGCAGAUGGAAUCCAACAAUGAGGCAACAGGAUCCAAUAUAUCAACGGACACGCGAACUUGUUGCGUUGCGUGCACAACUAGAAGCGGCCGCGGCGGCGGCGGCGGGAGAUCACGCGGCGAGGCAACACCGGCUCGGACUAACACCGCCCAGGGUUGCCAGUCCACACCACGUGUGAAACUAACAUUCUGUAAGUUUAAACACAUAUUUCUUUUUACACGGCUGCACAAAGAAAGGAGUGUAUUGUGUUUAAGGUUGAGUUUCUUUAUUACACCAUAGUUUUAAAAAAAAUUACACCCAUUGUAACUCACCUAGAAUAAGGCAUAGCUUAACUAGGAAUCUCCUAAUAUUACGAAUCGCCUAAGCAGAUUUUGAAUUGAUGUUGAAGUAAGAAUUUGAAGUAAAGAUUUUUUUUUUACUCUUGACAUGUUUAUGACCUGUCAUGUACGAAAAUGCCUAGCGCAAGGCGCCGAAAAUGAUAUCAUAACUUUAGAACUAGUAUAAUUUCGUUUGAUGGUUGCUAGUCAAUGGUGAAAUGCAUUUUUAUCUUAGGCGAUUCGUAAAUAUUUAGGCGACAGAUUUGGGCGACACCUAAGUUUAGUAAAAACGGGCAUUAGGGCCAGUAUCACCACUUGCUGUUAAAGUUCCUGAUAGUCUUAUCAGAAACUUAUCUGCCAGAUAAAUUGCAAAUUUUGGUCUCUCAUAUAGAACUAUCUGACGGAUAAUAUCAGUGACCUUUAAUUAUCAGAUAGCUAAAUAACUAUCUAGAACUUUAUUCAGCAAGUGGUGAAACAAGCCCUUAAUGGAUAUAAAUGUUAUAGAGUAUCAUUGAAAAUUUUACAUCAUUCCGAUUGACACUUGCUAACUAUACGUAUUUAUAUAAAUAUUCAAUAUGGCGGGUCAAUGACGCCAUUUAUAAAAGUAUGCUUUUUUUGUUUAAUUAUAACAAUAUGGGUAUCAGAUU